CUUUUAUUAACAUCUUGAAAUUUGUUCAAAGGUGAUGCUGGGGUAAGGAAGGAGAAUCCACAAAUAGGACCUGAAGGAAGGCUUCCUCAUCAACAUCAGCCACAAUGUCAGCAACCCUACAGGUGGAAAUGAACAAGCUUCUGGUUUGUGGACUAUGGAUGCUUCUCAGCUUUUCCACAGCAAAUGCCAUAUGGUGUUACAAUUGUGAAAAGCCAGUUCCAACAGAACCUUGUCUUCCAAUGGAAGAAAUGUGCUGGGCAGGGCCGGGAUCAGCUUGCUUCACAAUGAACCUUUUCAUUGGAAAUAGCAUGAUCCAGUCCGAAGUUGGUUGCAUCCAGGAUUGUAGGAAUUAUACAUCAGAGGAACUCUUCAUGUGGCAUAAGUUCAUUUGCUGUCACAGCGAAUAUUGCAAUAAAUAGGCUUGUGUGGGGAGCGGAGGGGACCUUAGAACAGCAAAAGCCUCAACAUCAAGAUCUCAGAAGCAGUGUGGUCUUGUCACUCAUGUUUCUUUCCCCCUUAUCUCUUGAGAAAUUGGAGGACAGAUUUUUGCACAGCACUAUUCUUUCCUCUCUUCUCGCUUUGCAAGCACAAGAUGCAGCUGCCAUCAUCAACCAUAAUGCACAACUUCUUCCCUUCUCCCAUGUGCGUUGCUAUCAGAACCAGAGAGAUAUUUGGGGUCAGGUGAGAGAAAUGUU